CCACAGAUCCGAGGCUGCCUCAUCUGGCAUCAAUUAUCCCUGCCGCUGCCGCUGCUGCUGCUUCUGCUGCUGAACUCGGCUGGCUGCUGCCUCUGUCUUGAGGACCCCAGCGCCUCUCCCCUCAGCAAUGCUGCCUGCUGCCACAGCCUCCCUCGUGGGGCUCCUCCUCACUGCCUGGACCCUGCUGCCCUUCGCCCAGGGCCAGACCCCCAACUAUACCAGACCUGUGUUCCUGUGUGGAGGGGAUGUGACUGGGGAAUCGGGUUACGUGGCAAGUGAGAGUUUUCCCAACCUCUACCCCCCCAAUAAGGAGUGCAUCUGGACAAUAACGGUCCCUGAAGGCCAGACUGUGUCCCUUUCCUUCCGAGUAUUUGACUUAGAGCUACACCCUGCCUGCCGUUAUGAUGCUCUGGAGGUCUUUGCUGGUUCUGGAACCUCGGGCCAACGGCUCGGACGCUUCUGUGGGACCUUCCGGCCAGCACCCAUCGUGGCCCCGGGCAACCAGGUGACCCUGAAGAUGACAGCGGAUGAGGGUACAGGAGGACGAGGCUUCCUGCUCUGGUACAGCGGGCGGGCCACCUCGAGCACUGGCCCCACCCCAGGCGCGAGGCGGAAAUGGGUCACCGACCCGCGGGUGGAAUGGGCGGCCUGGGGUUACUGGGACGAGCACCAGUUUUGCGGGGGGCGGCUGGAAAAGGCCCAGGGAACGCUGACCACGCCCAACUGGCCCGAGUCUGAUUACCCCCCGGGUAUCAGCUGUUCUUGGCACAUCAUCGCGCCUCCAGACCAGGUGAUCUCGCUGACCUUCGGGAAGUUUGACGUGGAGCCGGACACCUACUGCCGCUAUGACUCGGUCAGUGUGUUCAACGGAGCCGUGAGUGACGACGCCAAGAGGCUGGGGAAGUUCUGCGGAGACACAGCCCCGGGUCCCAUCUCCUCCGAAGGGAAUGAGCUCCUCGUCCAGUUCGUCUCAGACCUUAGCGUCACUGCCGAUGGAUUCUCAGCCUCCUACAGGACCCUGCCGAGGGGUGCCGCCAAAGAAGGGCCAGCUCAGAGCCCGGGAGAGGAUGCCCGGCCAGUUCCCCGGCCUGGCCCAGGCCCCAAGCCAGGAGCCCCGCCCAAAGUCAAGCAGGAACGCCCACCUGCGGAGAAACCAAAAACCUCACCUGAGGUCCAGGCAAUUCCUGUGGGCCCUGAUGCACCCAGUGUCACCUGCCCAAAACAGUGCCGGCGGACGGGCACCUUGCAGAGCAACUUCUGUGCCAGCAAUCUGGUGGUGACGGCAACAGUGAAGUCCAUGGUUCGGGGCCCAGGAGAGGGCCUGACUGUCACUGUCAGUCUCAUUGGUGUUUACAAAACUGGAGGCCUGGACCUGCCCUCUGCACCUGCUGAUACCUCCUUGAAGUUUUACGUGCCUUGCAAGCAGUGCCCCCCCAUGAAGAAAGGAGCCAGCUAUCUGCUGAUGGGCCAGGUGGACGAGAACAGAGGUCCUAUCCUUCCUCCAGAUAGCUUUGUGGUUCUCUACCGGCCCACCCAGGAUAAGAUCCUCACCAAUCUCAGCAAGAAGAGGUGCCCCGCCCAGCCUGUUCGGGCUGCUAGGUCCCAGGCCUGAAAUCCAGGCCAGCCUUGGCCAUUGGCCCAAGGGAUCCAUUUUUUAUACAAAUAAAUAUCCCUUGACUGAGGAAGAGUUAACAUAUCCAUCUUUAUGGUUUUGGUGCCCAUCUUGGGGUUUUCAUUCAUUCAAUAAACUCAACAGACAUUUA